GAAAUCCUCUAACUUUAAGAUCAAGGGGAGGCGAUUUUGGCGGGCGAUUACCAAUCCAGCGCCGGAGUGGGUGGGAGGCAGGCACGCCGAUCUGCCUGGUCAGGUGCGCGCCAGGUCCGAAAAUGUGGGGCGUUAGGGCUUUGUGCCAGUUGCCCAGCUGCUCGCAGGUGAUUGGCUGACAGGUCAAGUGUGCACGGCCUCCACUGCCGCAAUGGGAGGGGGAUCUGAAAUAUUCGUGAUGGUCUUUUUUUUACGGAAUCCUUCUUGAAGCCAGCGAAAGACGACUUGAGACCUCACCACCAGCGAGACCUUGCCCAUUUCCACGGUUCAGUUCACCGACAAAAUCAUUCGCAAUGGCCCCCAAGAAGUCCAAGUCUGACGCCCAGAGCAUUGGUGCCAAGCUCGCCCUUGUCAUCAAGUCCGGCAAGGUCGUCCUCGGCUACCGCAGCACCCUCAAGGCCCUCCGCUCCGGCAAGGCCAAGCUCAUCCUCAUCUCUGCCAACACUCCUCCCCUCCGCAAGUCUGAGCUUGAGUACUACUCCAUGAUGUCCAAGACUGCCGUCCACCACUACACUGGCACCAACAUUGAGCUCGGUACCGCCUGCGGUAAGCUCUUCCGCUGCUCCACCAUGGCCAUCCUUGAUGCCGGUGACUCCGACAUCCUCGCCGACCAGCAGCAGUAAAUGCUGCGUCGAUCAUUAUCUUCUCGUUCGGCAUAGGGAUACGGCGUUCAGGCUUUGAAAAUCAUGGAAAAAUGGCAUGACGGCUUGAUGAACCAAAUCUGCGGCGGUUUCUACCGCUGUGCCUGAAUGGGCAGAGGUCUCGCCCCAGGGCAACUCUCAAUAGGCUAGUCCUUAAAAUAGAAGACGAGUCUAUCAAGAUACCCAUUGUUGUCCAACAUUGUCCGAUUCGUUUCAUCAGCGUGAUCCGACUGCGGUUUUCGACAAAGCGACUUUGACCUUCAACGUUUGGUAUGGACGACAUGCGUGAUGGAGAAAGGAGCACAGUGAAUGGUUCCUGUCAUCUUGAGACAGUUCGUGGAGCAAACAACGUCCUAUCCGUGGUCAUGACCAGGAGCACGUGAAGUGGAAGCUGCUUGACGCUCCUACACCCAGCUCCUUGACAGAACAUUAUGUUCCAAGCCUGCCUCCAGCGUGCUGGCCUCUCCUGUCGCUGCGCUUCUGAUGGCGGCAGCAAAGCACAUCCAAGUUAUGAUAGGUGUAUGAUGCUCAUACCAAGUUCGCUUGAUCUUAGGCAAAGGAAAUCCGACAUCCGGUCGGGGUACGGCCUUAUGAUCCGUCAACACUCUGUUCAGACAAGUGGAGGUUCCAGACACGUGGAGGAUUUCACGGUCAUCACCAAAUCGGCAAUGCCGCAAUCAAGAAACCAAAGGUGUCGUUAUGUAACCCACACCAGAACCCCAUCCAUUGUCAACGGCCUGUAGUCAUGCUCUGAGUUACAUACCUAGUUAGCGUAUAAGUCCGGAACUAACAGCCCUGACGGUUGGUUGCAUUGACAGCGAAAUUAACAUCCACAAAGGGCUGUCCACAGCCGGUCCGCCCGUCUGGGGAAGAUCCGGAGCCGUUAACCCCAAGACGUGGAAAAACAAAAGGGGGCAGUUUUUGUGUUCACUGGAGACGGAAGGCCCUCGUUCAAGCCUUGAAACACCGAAGCGAACUAAACUACUGUAAACACAAAUCAACCACUAUAAGCGAUCAUCGUAACGGCAGAUCAAAGGAUGUUCUAGCAACGAGCCGAGCCGGAGAUUUUUGGGAUAGCCGAUAGGGGUUAUGGGUUCUACAUAGUACCAUACACACUACUUCAUCUUGGUCGAGUUAGUCAGCCGCCGCCCCCU